AUGAGCUCUCGGGAUAAGAAGAAGCAGCAGCAUCUCCACUACCCAUUUUGGUUUGGCGGGAGUGCGAGUUGUGCCGCUGCGUGCGUGACGCACCCCCUAGACCUCGCCAAAGUCCGCAUGCAAACCUCCACACAACGCGGCGCAAAUAUGUUCUCGACCCUCCACGCCGUUCGCAAAACCGAAGGCGUCCGCGCCCUCUACUCCGGCCUAACAGCCUCGCUCCUACGACAAUGCACCUACUCCACCGUCCGUUUCGGGAUCUACGAAGAACUAAAAACCCACCUCACCCCCUCCUCUGGCUCCGCAACGCAGGCGCCGCCAUUCCAUAUGCUGCUGCCCAUGGCGGCGGUGAGUGGAUACGUUGGUGCCAUUGCCGGGAAUCCCGCUGAUGUCGUGAAUGUCCGUAUGCAAAAUGAUCGAUCUUUGCCUGUGCAGGAGAGGCGAGGGUAUAGGCAUGCGAUUGAUGGGUUGGUCAGGAUGUGGAGGGAGGAGGGGUUGUGGAGUUGGAUGAGGGGGGUCAAUGCGAAUUGUAUCAGGGGGGUGUUGAUGACGACGAGUCAAUUGGCUACGUAUGAUGAGGCCAAGCGUCUGAUUCUCUGGCAUACACCUCUAAAGGAUGGUCUGGGAACGCAUUUUGCGGCUUCCCUCCUUGCUGGAUUAGUCGCGACGACCGUAUGCUCACCCGUCGAUGUCGUCAAAUCACACAUCAUGGCCGCGCAACACUCUCACAUAUCAUCGGUGAAGGUACUUACCAACGCAGUGAGGAAAGAAGGAUUGGGUUUCUUGUUUAGGGGCUGGACGCCGAGUUUUGUCAGGUUGGGACCACAUACGGUGGUUACGUUCUUGGUAUUGGAGCAGCAGAAGAAGGUGUGGAAAUGGUGCUGGCAUGGGGAAUGA